AUGGACGGCGCUGACUUUGUGUGCGUCAGAGGAGCGAGGGGACCAAUGGGUGACCUGGGGGUUGGGAGGUGGGUAGAUUUUAAAUAGGUGGUCUGGUGUCAGAGAGGUUACAGCAACUUGGAUCACAACACAAGGUAAGACAUGAGUUCAGUCUGAAUUUCCUGUUUUUGUCUCAGAUAGAGGUCGAGGAUUUACCGAGGUUUUCUCAAAGUUAGACUCAGAGAGUCAGGCGCCAAUUUUCUCACCUGUGUUUCAAAGUCUGACUUGACCAGGUGUUAACGCGCGUUUUCCAACUCAGAAACAUGGUCGUCACCAAUUGAGUGUUUAGUGUGAAUCCAAAUGCUCUAACGGGAUACCUGUCAGUGAUCAUAGAAGGAAAUCACGAGGAUAAAGAUGUCAUUUUAAAAGAGCAAAACUUUAGGCUGCGAUGAUCUUAAAUGAUUUUUACAAUUAGAACUUUAUUCUUGCUAAUUUAAAACUCGUAAAUUUACGACUGAACUCUUGAGUGUUUGUGACUCUUCCUCUCACGGAUUCUUCCUCUUCGUUCAGCCCGAACUCUCUGUGGUAAAAAGGAAAAACUUUGUCAGUAAACUGAGAACGCAACUUUCUGGAGUCACUAUUAAAGCAUCGGUGUUGUAGAGAGUAAGUCCAACUUUAGGAGGUGAAGUGAGGACUAAGAUGUUCCUCUUUCUGAAAGUUAAAAAACUCACCGACCGUUUUCUGAAACGUCUUUAGUUUGUUUGAUCCAUCCAACGUUUAUAUAUGUAAACCGUCAUUUCUCUGCAGCUCAAAGUCCGAGUGUCGGCGUCUCUGAACAAAACUAAAGUCACUUUUUUGUCUCUAUUAUUAAACUGAAUGAACUUCUGUCUGUUUCCAGAUGAGACCUUCUUCCCAGCUCACCCUCCUCUCUCUCGCCCUCCUUCUCCCGGUCCCACACUCCGUCACCUCAUACCCCCGCCUCCCGACCGCCAUCCCCAAGGAGGAUGGACCCGAGCUCGAGUCCAUCCUCCUCAGACUCCAGGCUCUUCUGGAAGACCCGAGCAACGCCUGGCUGAUCCAACCUGGCGAAUGGGCCAAUGAGUGGCCCAGAGACCCCCGGCAGAGGGAGUACCAGCCCUGGGCGGAGGAUGCCGUGCUGCGGACCCAGAGAGGAGACCCGUCAGCCCGGCUGCUGUCGCCGUUCCCUGGCAGCCACUCUCUGGAGAGCUUGAGCUACCAGGACGGAGGUGAGGGGGACGAGGGCGGGAAGAGGAACCAAGCUCUGACCUUCAUCGCUGGAGGACUCCAGGCCGUCAGCAGGGAGAAAGGAGGAUUCGGUUUUCGCUUUGGGAGGAAAUGA